AUGGGAAAGGCUAUGAAGAGGACGGAGCUGUGUAACCCUGAUUGUCCCGGAACUCACUCUGUGUUGACUUUAAACUCAGAGAUCCUUUUGCUUCCGCCUUUUGAGUGCGGGGCUUUAAAGAACUAUGGUGAGGAAGAAUUCAAUGAGGAAGAAGUGACUUUAACCCUGGUCCCGGUCACCGAGGAGCCCGACCCAGAAGAGCACGCCCCAGAAUAUGUUACAGAAUUGAAUGCUUCUGCAAACAUAGGCGUCAUACCACCAGGUAUCAUCAAACUCAAGAAUCAUGGGGAAAACUUUGCCCCUCUGCCAACUUUUGAACAAAAGGCACUCCCGGGAAAACAUGCACAAAAGACCCCUCUGCCUGUCACCCUGCCUCCUAUUAAGGACGUGUCCCGGAACACUCUUCGAGAGUGGUGCCGCUAUCAUAACUUGAGCACGGAUGGCAAGAAAGUGGAAGUUUACUUGAGACUCCAGAGACAUUCGUAUUCUAAACAAAUAUGUCAUAUUCCUAGCACAUCCCUUGAGGCCAGAAUGAAGCCGGUUUCCAGGAAACCCAAGAGAGACGCCAGAGGAACCCAGCCUCAAGACAACUGCAAGAGUAAGAAGCAAAAGGAGAAUGGUGUAGUGGAAAUUCUAACGUCGGCUCGGGGAUCCACGCUUGCAGCUUGGGGAAGAAUUUCCAUGAAAGCUGCUCAGCCAGAGAGUGUGAAUUGCCGUCCUCUUCCUCCUGCAUCCAAAGGGGCCUUUCUUGCAGAAGACGUUGGAUGUAGAUGGUGUAUUGUCCACGGUGGAUACCGCCCUGCAAACAAGAAAGGCUGGGUUCGCCUGCAACUUCACGCUGGUCAGACCUGGGUUCCAGAAAUUCCCCAAAAGAUGAUUUCUCUCUUCCUGUUACCAGCCUGUGUCUUCCCAGAUCCAGGAGUGGACGAUAAUAUGCUCUGCCCUGAAUGUGUUCAAAGCAAUAAGAAGAUCUUGAGAAACUUUAGAAGAAAGAAAAUCCGAACAAAGAACUGCAAUACACUGCCCCUAAAUAUGGCGCCUUAG